CUUCAACUCAAUUCACUCCAUCAACACACGUACGUACCCACCCCCAGCAACAACAGCUCACCGUCACACCUCAAACCAGGAACACCCGAAGGUGUGUCCUCCUCCGGCCCUCCCCCGUUCCAAAUGGCGGCGGCCGCGGCAAAGCCCAUGCCAGUGGAGCGGCUCGGGCAGCGCCUGGUGGCGCCGGCGGCUCCGACGCCGGAGAACCCUCUGCGCCUGUCGUGGCUCGACCGCUACCCCACCCAGAUGGCGCUCAUCGAGUCGCUGCACGUGUUCAAGCCCGACAUGGCCAGGGAGGGUGACAGCCCCGCGAGGGCGGUGGAGCAGGCCCUGGCGAGGGCGCUGGUGGAGUACUACCCGCUGGCGGGCCGCCUCACGGUGACCGACGCCGGCGAGCUGCAGGUGGACUGCAGCGACGGUGGCGUGUGGUUCAUUGAGGCUGCCGUCAGGUGUCGGCUAGAGGACGUGGACUAUCUCGAGUACCCGCUCGCCGUCGACAAGGACGAGCUGCUCCCCCACCCGCGCCCCAAGCCCAGCCGUGAGGAGGAGAGCAAGCUCAUCUUGCUUGUCCAGGUCACGACGUUCGAUUGCGGCGGCUUCGUGGUGGGGUUCCGGUUCAGCCACGCGGUGGCCGACGGGCCCGGGGCGGCGCAGUUCAUGGGCGCGGUGGGGGAGCUGGCGCGCGGGGCGGGCCGCAUCUCGGUGGCACCGGUGUGGGGCCGCGACGCGAUCCCUGAUCCGGCGAGCGCCCUCGUCGGCAGCCUCCCGGACCCCGCGGGCGCCAAGCGGCUCGAAUACCUCGCCAUAGACAUCUCCGCCGACUACAUCAACCACUUCAAGGGCCAGUUCGCGGCGGCCACCGGCGGCGCCCGGUGCUCAGCGUUCGAGGUGCUCAUCGCCAAGGCCUGGCAGAGCCGCACGCGCGCCGCUUGCUUCGACGAGGACUCCCCCGUACACCUCUGCUUCGCGAUGAACGCGCGGCCGCUCCUCCACGCCCGCCUCCCCUCGGGGGGCGCCGGCUUCUACGGCAACUGCUACUACAUCAUGCGCGUCUCCUCCACGGCCGGGAAGGUGGCGUCCUCCACCAUCACCGACGUCGUGAAGAUCAUCAAGGAGGGGAAGAAGCGGCUGCCCACAGAGUUCGCGCGGUGGGGCGCCGGCGAGAUGGGCAGCGUGGACCCGUACCAGAUCACCUCCGACUACCGGACGCUGCUCGUCUCCGACUGGACGCGGCUGGGCUUCGCCGAGGUGGACUACGGGUGGGGCCCUCCCGCCCACGUCGUGCCGCUGACAAACCUGGACUACAUCGCCACGUGCAUCCUCGUCAAGCCCUGGGUACACAAGCCAGGCGCCCGGCUCAUCACGCAGUGCGUGACGCCCGACCGUGUCGCCGCUUUCCACGACGCCUUGGUGGACACCAACUAGCUCACCACUGUCUCCAACACUUCGUCCUCCGUUUGCUCACGGGUUUCCUUCCCUCCUAUCUUUACACUGGUAAUGACUGGUUAUAGUGUUUAAUUACAGCUUGGUGAGCGAAGGUAAUGGUAAACCGAGCAAGAAUAAUGGCAAACAGGUAGUGAAGAAACGUAUAAAGUGGAAGAAGAAUACGCAUAGAUAUGGGGGACAGGUAGACACAGCUAGAUGGUAGUGGGCAACGGCGAGAUUGGUAUAGGAUGCCUUUGGGUGGUCUCGGUGGCGUUGCAGGAAGUGUAUACUACAUCCUUUUCUUCUUCUUUCUUUUUUUUCCUUGACUUUUUGGGGGGUUUCGAUUGAAGGAUCGAAGCUGGGCUUGGUGGGAAGCUACCAACCAGUCUCCCCUCGACUUGUGUACUGUACUGUUCUAUUCUUUUUCUUUCGAAUAUAAACCCGCAAGGUGUACAGACUAUUCUCUAGUGGUUUUCCCCCAUGUAAAGUAGCUAAUUCUACAUAAUUAUAAUGGUAUAAUGUGAAGAACAGCU